AUGCUCGGGGAUGCUGGGCGCGGGCGGCAGCGCGGGGCCGGCGGCGGGCGGAGCCCCCGGGGGUGGCGGAUGGCGGCGCCGCCCCCGGCGCGGACACCGGGGCGGGGCGGGCGGGAGCGCCCGGUGCCGGCGGCGGCGCGGGGGGCGCGGGGCUCCGUCCCCGCCCGAGCGCGGCGCCGCUGCCGGAGGAUGAGCUGCGGCCGGCCCAAGGACAUGGAAGCCGCCGCUGCCGCUUCUGCUCACUUCAGCUUCUGCCGCAGCCUCCUGGAGCACACGGUGUCGGCCGAAAACCUCAGCUACCGCCUGCAGCGCAACCCGGGCAGCAGCCUCACCUGGCACGACGGCCGCAGCCAGCGCCCCGACGGCGGCCGCACCGUCAAACUCCUGCGGCAGCCGGGCACCGAGGGCUCACAGGUCCGUGGCUGUGACCACUAUGGCAUCUACCACACCAGCCCCACGCUGGGCAGCCUGGUCAAACCAGUGGUGCUGUGGACCCAGCAGGAUGUGUGCAAAUGGCUGAAGAAGCACUGCCCACACAACUAUCUCAUCUACGUGGAGGCGUUCUCCCACCACGCCAUCACAGGCCGGGCGCUGCUGCGGCUGAACGGGGAGAAGCUGCAGCGCAUGGGGAUCGCGCUGGAGACGCAGCGCCAGGAGGUCCUGCAGCAGGUCCUGCAGCUCCAGGUGCGAGAGGAGGUCCGGAACCUGCAGCUGCUCAGCCAAGAUUGCACCAACACUGUGAACCGAGCUCCGCUGGGACGGGCUGUGCACCGCCGAUACGAGACCUGAGCCACACGCUUGGAAUAAGAAGAGACAGCUUCCCAGACACUCCAGGGCUCCUCUCCUGCUUCUUCCUUCUCUUUCUUUUAAAGGAAUUUUAAAAGAACACAUUCCUGUGCAGGGAUGGAACAUUUCUUCCAGCAGACAUGGCUCUUGGCUGGAGGAAAAUCAGCAAACCAGCUGCUGGGACAGAUGAUGAACUUCCACCCACCUGAGCCUGAUGGUUCACAGGGAAAGAGAUGGAAAAAAGGAGAUGACAAAAGGCAGGGCUCAGCACUGUGGAGAAAGGGAAUGCAGUGAUUCCAGGGACAGCUUGGAGCCAUGUGCAGGACACUGAAGCAUUAUGCACUUGGGCAACAUCCCAGCACCCGGCAACUCGUGUCCAUGCCUCAGAGAUUAUUUAGGGAGCUUUGGUUUCCUCAUCAGACUGGGCUGUCUUCCAGCGUCCGGGGAGGUGACGUUAUCAGUAGCAAAUAAGAUGAUACAACCAGCCAAAAAAUUCAAAGCAGGGCCGGGACUCCAGCACCCAGCUCCACUUGGUGAGUUAAAAAGGGAGCUGAGUCAUCAGAGCUGGAAAAUCUGGGAGUAAAAGCAGGGUGGAUGCACUGAGAAGGUGCCAUAUCCUGGAGGAAGCUGUGCCAGGAGCUCAUCCUUCAUCCACAGGCAGACAGGGGAGCCCAUGCAGAGGCUGGGGGGAGCAGGCAGGGGUGCUGCUGGGUGGUGAUGGGUGCUGCUCAGGGUGGGGCUGGGGGAUCACUGGGUGCCAGGUCCUCCCCAGCCCCCAUGCCUGGUCCUGCUCUGCUCCAUGCUCCCACCAGCUCUGCAGAGCUCUGCUCAUCCAGGCAUUGGCAGGUUCUUGUCCUGACCUCCUGCCCAAGGGCUGGCAAUGGUGCCACCAAAGCCAGGCACCUUCCUGAUGACCUUCACCAUCACUCCCCAGUGAAAGUGCUGUUACAUCCCCACCUCCCAAACUCUUCCAUACAGAGCUACAGACUGCCCUUGUGGGCAGAUAAGGAAAACCUAUGUGUAAAUUGGGAUUUUUGGCCAGGGUGGAUGCUGCCACCUCCCCACAUUCCACCUCCCUCAAGUGAUGAGGGAAGGGCUGUGGGUCAUGGGGGUCCAAAAAACCCCUGGGGCAUUGGGAUGUGGAGGCAGGUCACGGUACCCCCAGACAGGCACCCUCCUGCCUGCUUCUGAUGCCUUGAGAGGCUACCUAGAACAGAGGCUAGACAGUGUUAAAGGAAUAAAGUAGAUAUUUAUUUUAAAAGGCCUUCAAAGCAAACACCUUGGGCAGUACAAGAGCCCAGCCGUGGCUCCACCCAAGAUGGACGACCAGUCACGAGUUUCACACUUUUAUAAGUUUUGGUCCAUUUCCAUAUUUGGGUUAAUUGUCCAAUU